AUGAGUCGUGUAUCAACACAGAAAAAGGAAGGCAAAAUGAGGAUCCGUGCCUUUCCGAUGACAAUGGAUGAGAAGUAUGUGGAGUCGAUUUGGUCGCUGUUGAAAAGCGCCAUACAGGAAAUACAGAAGAAAAACAACUCGGGCCUUUCGUUUGAGGAGCUGUACAGAAAUGCGUACACGAUGGUACUGCACAAGCAUGGCGAGCGGUUGUACAGUGGGUUGAAGGAGGUCGUGACACACCAUUUGGAGUCGAAGGUACGCGAGGAGGUGCUGCGCAGCUUCAACUGCAGCUUCCUACAGACACUGAAUCAGUGCUGGAAUGAUCAUCAGACGUCGAUGGUGAUGAUCCGGGACAUUUUGAUGUACAUGGAUCGCGUUUAUGUGCAACAGAACGAUGUCGACAACGUGUAUAACCUUGGGUUGAACAUCUUCCGCGAUCAGGUUGUUCGCUAUCCGCGCAUACGAGAUCACAUGCGAGAAACGCUACUGAAUAUGGUAAUGUGCGAACGGAAAGGUGAAGCGAUCGAUCAUAUCGCGAUCAAGAACGCAUGCCAGAUGCUAAUGGUGCUCGGUAUCAAUCAGCGCUGGGUGUACGAGGAAGACUUUGAGCGACCGUUCCUCACGCAGUCGGCCGCAUUCUACAAGCUCGAGUCGCAAAAGUUUCUCGCCGAAAACAGUGCGAGCGUUUACAUUCGGCGAGUGGAGGCACGCAUCACGGAGGAGGCCGAACGGGCCAAGCUGUACCUGGACGAGAGCACCGAAAGUCGUAUCGUGGAGGUGGUGGAGGAUGAACUAAUUAAGAAGCAUAUGCGUACGAUUGUCGAGAUGGAAAACUCGGGCGUUGUGUAUAUGUUGCAAAACACAAAGACCGAAGAUUUGGCCUGUAUGCACAAGCUGUUCUCGCGCGUCAGCGGUGGCCUUAAGACGAUCGCCGACUGUGUGUCACAGAACCUGCGUUCGCUGGGUCGCGAUUUGGUGAAGGAGGAAGAGAACGGUAGCACGAAUCCCAUCACCUUCGUGCAGAACUUGCUAGAUUUAAAGGAUCGGUCCGAUCACUUCCUUUAUCACUCGUUCAAUAACGAUAAGACAUUCAAGAAUAUGAUAUCGUCCGAUUUUGAACACUUCCUUAAUCUCAACAGCAAAUCGCCCGAGUAUCUGUCACUGUUUAUCGACGACAAGCUGAAAAAGGGUUGCAAAGGGAUGUCCGAGCAAGAAAUUGAAACCAUACUUGAUAAAACGAUGGUAUUAUUCAGAUAUUUGCAAGAGAAGGAUGUGUUCGAGCGGUACUACAAGGCUCAUUUGGCGAAGAGGCUGCUGCUAAACAAAUCCGUGAGCGAUGAUUCCGAGAAAAACAUGAUAUCAAAAUUAAAGACUGAAUGCGGUUGUCAAUUUACCUCAAAAUUGGAAGGAAUGUUUAAGGAUAUGUCCGUUUCAAACACGGUAAUGGAGGAGUUCAAAAACCACAUCAACAACGACAAUUCGGCACUUGAAGGCGUAGAGCUGACGGUUCGAAUUCUAACCACAGGAUUUUGGCCUACACAGUCGGUAACGCCAAACUGCAACAUACCACCAGCACCACGGAAGGCCUUUGAAACGUUUAAACGAUUCUAUCUGGCUAAACAUUCAGGGCGUCAGUUGACAUUGCAGCCACAGUUAGGAACGGUGUACAUGAACGCCGAAUUUUACGGUGUUAAGGCAGAAAAGGAGAAGACGGAAGGUAACUGUAGCAGCACGGCACCAUCUUCCGGAAGCAGUAGUGCGCCGGCAGUCGGUGCUGCAUCGCAGGAUGCUCCUAAACGACAUGUGCUUCAAUUAUCGACGUAUCAGAUGUGUGUGUUGAUGUUGUUUAACAACCGCGAACGAAUGACAUAUGAAGACAUUCAGCAAGAGACAGACAUCCCUAGCAAAGAUCUGAUUCGCGCACUGCAGUCUCUUUCGAUGGGCAAACAACAGCAGCGACUUCUGGUACGAACACCGAAAACGUCAAAGGAUAUCGUCUCGACGGACGAAUUCUAUGUUAACGAUGCGUUUGUGUCGAAAUUUCACAAAGUUAAAAUUCAAACUGUCGCAGCCAAGGGCGAAUCGGAACCGGAACGUAAGGAAACUCGGAGCAAGGUUGACGAAGAUCGGAAGCAUGAAAUCGAAGCUGCUAUCGUGCGCAUCAUGAAGGCACGAAAGAGGAUGCCUCACAAUCUUCUUGUAUCCGAUGUGACAACGCAGCUGAAGAGCCGUUUCCUGCCGUCUCCGGUGAUAAUUAAGAAAAGAAUAGAAGGUUUAAUCGAGCGUGAAUAUCUCGCUCGUACGCCCGAGGAUAGGAAAAUCUAUGUGUAUUUAGCUUAA